GCAACUCGGGACGUGGUGCUGAGCCGGACACCAGAGCAGGAGGAGGACCGGACGGUGAGCUUGCAGAAUGCUGCGGCCAUCUAUGACCUCCUGAGCAUCACGCUGGGCAGGAGGGGGCAGUACGUCAUGCUCUCGGAGUGCCUGGAACGAGCCAUGAAGUUUGCGUUUGGAGAAUUUCACCUUUGGUACCAAGUGGCCCUCUCUAUGGUGGCUUGUGGGAAGUCAGCCUACGCAGUGUCACUGCUGCGGGAGUGUGUGAAACUGCGGCCCUCAGACCCCACUGUGCCCCUGAUGGCUGCCAAGGUCUGCAUCGGGUCCCUGCACUGGCUGGAAGAGGCGGAGCACUUUGCCAUGAUGGUGAUCAGCCUGGGGGAUGAAGCGGGGGAGUUCCUCCCCAAGGGCUACCUGGCAUUGGGUCUCACCUACAGCCUGCAGGCCACCGACGCCACCCUGAAGUCCAAGCAGGAUGAACUACACCGGAAAGCGCUGCAGACGCUAGAGAGAGCCCAGCAGCUGGCGCCCGGUGACCCCCAGAUCAUUCUCUACGUCUCCCUGCAGCUCGCCCUUGUCCGACAGAUCUCCAGUGCCAUGGAGCAGCUGCAGGAGGCCCUGAACGUGUGCAGGGAUGAUGCCAAUGCUCUCCAUCUGCUGGCACUGCUCUUCUCUGCCCAGAAACACUACCAGCCCGCCCUGGACGUCAUCAACAUGGCCAUCACCGAGUACCCCGAGAACUUCAACCCGUCAGAGACAGGGGUGACCACAGGGCAAACGCCUGGCGCCCUGGGCUUGCUUCAGAGGAUGUUGCAAGUGGUUUUGCCUGUGGCCUUUGCCAAGGCGCUGAGGACUGCUGUGGACGGCUUCCUCUACACCAAGGGACACAUGCCUCCCCGAUCCGGUGUGAAGGAGCCCCCACUCUCCCCAGCUGCCGUCUACCUGGAACCCAAUUUUUACUUCCUCGCAGAAGAUGAACUGAAGUUAGCUGGCUCCUGUGCCCGUUUAUUCUAUCUCCCCGACCAGGGUCUGCCUGGCCCCCGCACCCAGUGCGCAGUGGACAUGCAAGAGGAACGAUGCUGA